ACCCGGAAGCUGUGUGUAAGAAGGUAGCCUUGUGUCGCGUUAGUGCUGCGGAUGCUUGCUUUGUGUUUUUGCAAUUUUCUUUUCUCAAAUAAUAAUAUCAAUACUAACCAUUUAACGUACCUAGUAGCAGCAGUUUUCUACGGCUUCUGAACGGUCUGUAGAAGCUAUGGUGUCAAGGAGCAUUUGAUCGUGUUUGUUUUUAUUCUGUCGCUUUUUUAUGUUUGCGCUUAUCAUUAUAAUUGAAUUGCUUCGCUGUUGUAGGGAAGGAGGUUAGAUUGGUUACACCUUGUCUCCAUGCCAGAGCAAGGCCCCAGGAUGAAUGGUUUCUCACUUAGUGAGCUCUGCUGGCUGUUCUGUUGCCCGCCCUGCCCGAGCCGGAUCGCGUCCAAGCUCGCUUUUCUCCCCCCCGAGCCCACUUACUCGGUGCUGACAGACGAGGCUAAUGCGACGUCCAGUCUUCACUUGAAUGAGCGGGCUGACUGGCAGUACUCCCAGCGGGAACUGGACGCUGUCGAGGUGUUCCACACCCGAACGAGUCGGGGGAACCGGGUCGGCUGCAUGUUUGUCCGCUGUGCACCCAACAGCCGCUACACCCUGCUUUUUUCCCACGGCAACGCAGUCGACUUGGGCCAGAUGUGCAGCUUCUACAUCGGUCUCGGAUCCAGGAUAAACUGCAACAUCUUCUCCUACGAUUACUCGGGCUACGGCGUCAGUUCUGGCAAACCGUCAGAGAAGAACCUGUAUGCUGACAUUGAGGCAGCUUGGCAGGUGUUAAGAACAAAGUACGGAGUCAAUCCUGAGAACAUUAUCCUGUAUGGGCAAAGUAUCGGCACCGUCCCUACAGUGGACCUCGCCGCUCGGUACGAAUGUGCAGCUGUGAUCCUUCAUUCUCCACUCAUGUCGGGACUGCGAGUGGCAUUCCCCGACACCAGGAAAACAUACUGCUUUGAUGCCUUUCCAAGCAUCGAUAAAAUCUCAAAAGUAGCAUCACCAGUGCUGGUGAUCCAUGGGACUGAAGAUGAGGUCAUUGAUUUCUCCCACGGCCUGGCGAUAUACGACCGCUGUCCCCGAGCAGUGGAACCUCUCUGGGUGGAGGGGGCCGGACACAAUGACAUAGAGCUGUACGCACAAUACCUGGAAAGACUCAAGCAAUUCAUAUCCUUUGAGCUGCCCAACUCCUGAGAAAGAAGGAAAAAAAGCACAUGUGGUGACAGGUUGCUACUCUGAGCCAGGGGGCUGGCCUGAUCAGUAUUUGCACAUGCCUUUGUCUGGAUUGCUGUCAAAGCUUCAGACCAUAAAGAAAGCUCUUUGUAAUCCUAGGGUGAAUUUUAAUGUGAUAACUACAACUUUGCAAUUUUUUAUAUACAUGGAUAACAUUCAAAUAAUACACCUGGGAUACUCGACUGCUGAUUUAUUUAUUUAUUUUUUUUACUUCCUGUUCUAAAUCCCCAUAAAGGAAACUGGAACACCAUGCUAGUAACAAUGUUUUCCCCACUUGAUUUUUAUUUUGUUUUGUUUUGCAAUCUUUUUUUUUAAAAAAACAGUUAAUGAGCAGGAAAAAAAGUACUUGAUUAAGUCUUGGUAUUCACGACACCAGUCAUUGGUUUGAUUGGUGGAUGCCUACAGUAUGGUCUCAUACCCAUUCAGGUUUAAGGCCCAGGGAAUACACUCUCUUUGUGAAGUUUGUAGCUGUGGUAUUGUAACUGGAAAAGCUGUGUUGAUGAGGUUUUAUCUAAUUAGUGAUGAUUUAGUAAAACGUGCUGUAUUUGUUCAGCCCCAGUACAUAGAACAUGAUUUUCCACCCUGUUGGAACGAAAUGGCAAUGAGAAAAAAUAUAUAUAUAAUUUUUUUUUUCCCCCAAAUGUAAAACUUUGAAGUGUGGUGCUUGGUACAGUAUGUCUAAAGAUAGGUACACCACUUUUGUUCAACAUAUAUCUUCUUUCUUACAAAAAAAAAAGUUAAACUGGAAAAAAAAAGAAGCAUAAAAUGUGUAAAUUUAUCAUCUUUUUAAAAACAUAUUUGACACAUGCUUUUUGUCAGUAUUUUUGAAUU